UUGCUUAUAGUAACAUAUGUGGCACUUAUUUGAUAGCUUUAUUUAAAAAAUCGCUAUCUAAUAAUAAGGAAUAUGAAAAUGUUAGGGACAAGUAAAAAGACGCAAGGACACAAUACUCUUUUACUUCAAAUACUCAAAAAACACAGUAUGUAUUAGGGAAUCACUAAUUCAUAAAUCUGUGCAGUCUUGCACCAAACACGUUCUUAUGUGAUGAAAUGUACUCUGGCAUGGACUACAUACCGACACAAAAAGCUAACAAAUGUCAAAGCGCACAUUUGAUUCCAUGGUAGCCAUGCCAACGGUGCACCACAAUCAAUGGAAAGUAAACAAACUGGACAUUUAAGAUGACGAAUGAAAGAUACGAACGAGCACAGUCGGUAACAAAUGAACAGAUCGAAAGGGCCGAAAAUAAGUGCGCAGUCAGCAGAAAUCGAUAUAUCCAAGUGGACUUUCGAAAGCAUAUCAAAGGUCGGACAUAGUGGCCUGGUUCUUUUUGGGUCAACCGAUAGCGCGGAAAAAUGGCACAACGGCCACAAGCAUGUUGAUGUGCUGUAAAUAGUGAAAAUUCUUCGAAAUACCAAAGGAAAGUGGUCGAGUGGAGGCCUAGAGCAGUGUUGAUGAGUAAGCGUGCAUACCAAUGCAUGGACGCGCUGCUGAACGCUCUACGCUGGCGGAAGAACAUCUGCGACUGUUAGCUGAACUGGAUUCUCUAGCCUUAAGCGAUAGCUGCUGUGAGAUUUGUCAUUGCGAUUGCUAUAGCUCACAUCGCAGCAGCUUGGAUUCCGAUAGACGCAUUUGCGUAGAGGCAUACGAAAAAAUUGAUGCCAACCCAGUACCACGAAGUGUUGAUAAUAAUGAAAAGACAGAAAAAUCAAAAUACGCUGCAGUGAAACUGGGACCGUUAUCAGUGCCACAACUCUUUCCCACAGUAGCUACGCCUUCCACUUCCAUUGGCCACAAUAUUAGUAAAAAGCGGUCAUCCCGUAAAUCAAAAGGCACACGAAAGAAAAACGCCCACGAGAUAACUGCAUCAAAUAGUAAUUCAACUAAGCCUUCCAGUACACAAGCCAUAACUAGCGUUAACCCAAAAUCCAAAAGCGCCAAAAACACUCCGACAAAUUCAAGGCGCACAAGUCCAAGUGUCGCCGACGCCUGUGGCAAAAGCGCUAAAGCAAACUGUAGCACUUCCGUGGCUGCUAAGCGCUCCAAAAGUGUCAGCAGUCUGCGUAGCCGCAGUCCCUCACCGUUGACUGCACCAGUGACGCGCAACGUCGCAAAGCGCGCAACAUUCUAUACGCGCGAUUGUACAAUUUUGCAAGACCUGCUAGGCACCCUCAAUGACGAUGAGCACAACGAUGCUACUGCAUCACUGCAAGUUAGCGGAAGGAGUGCUCUAAAGCAAACAAAUGCAAUUGGUGACGCGGAUCCAUCUGGCACCACACAAUCCCACACACUGCCGCGUUGCGCUAUCAAGUCAAAGGACAAAACAGAAUCAAAUGAUGGGGCGCACACCUCUCUAACUUCACAGAAGCUUUGCGCUUCCAUGGCCAGCCUCUGCUUGGCGCCUACAGUGCGGGUGGCUUAUCAACAAGUGCCCGCACACGACAAACGUAUACUCAACCGCAUGGCGCACAAGCGCAGUGAGCGCGCCAUCGCCAAGGAGAACGCCUGGUUGGCGCGCAAGUACUGGGAAAAUGAGCGCUACGAACGCGAGCUCUUCAAAUGUGCCCAGAUGGAGGAAUACAAGCGCGCCAUACGUGACAAGCAAUUCCAAGAUUAUCUACUGACCAAAGCACGCCUAAACGAAAUUGCACAACGUGACCUGACAGAGCUGCGGCGCUUGCGCGAAGCUCUGCAUCAAAAAGAGAUCAGCACCAAGCGACGUCUUGACGCGUUGCGAGUUGAACGCGGCAUAGCGGCGUGCCAGCGACGCUGCGAGGAGUUGCGUCGCGCGGAAGCAGUCGCUGUGCAACAGGAGGAGCAACAAAUUGAUGAGAAAUUGCGUAAGCAGGAGUCAUGCGUGCGUCUGAGCGAACGCUUACAGCGCGCCGAGCAGAUACGCUCCGAAAUGCUAGAUAGCUAUCUACGUCGCCUGCGCUACGAUAAUAACAUGGAAGAGCUGCUGCAUGAAGAGCACUGGCGGGAGGCGCAGCAGCAGGAGCGACAGCGGCUGGCGCAGCUAGAGGAGCAUAUACAGCAGAAAAGUGACCAGUCGCAGCGUUUUAUCGAAGCGCGUCAACGGCGGCAAGAGGCUAUUGCUAAAACGGCAAAAAUUUCCGCCAGCCUACGGGAAUUGGUGCGCAACUCAGUGACUCCUGAAGGUGGCGCGGCUGCGGAUGUCGGCGGGGUGGGCGAUGCUGUGAGCAUAGGAAAUACCAUGCCCUUAAGUAAAGUGCUUUUAGAUAUACCAUUCUCCAAGCUGUCAAUGCUGCCGUAAUUGUUUUUCGUUGAAAUAUAUGUAUGCACAUAAGUAUGUUACAAAUAACUAAUGGAUACGCUUUUUAUUUGUAAAGAUUAAACAGCGUCGGGGAGAACACAACGCCUUGGGAACCCUCUUCUGCGUGGUCCCGGGUUUGAUUCAACGCCGGCGGGGACUAGAAUUGUGAUUAGAGUUCGAACCAAUUGGUACACUCUUUACUUCAAGAAGCCUAUGAACCAAAAUAUCUUAAGGCUUGAACUAAUAAUUCAAAGUAUUUCAAAUAAAUUUCGUGAAAACCAU